ACACGCUCUCUCAACAGUGCCUCUCACUACCUCACCUGGGUAAAGGAAGGAAAAAAAAAACAGUGAAAAUGGGCUGCUUUGGGUUUCUCAAAGUCAUGAUGUUCCUUUUCAAUGGCAUCAUCUUUUUAGCAGGUGGGGCAAUUUUGGGCGUGGGGGUGUGGGUAAAGGUGGACAGCGGCUCCCUGCUUGGCGUCCUGGAGGAGAUAGAAGACGCCCCGGCGGAGCUGGAUCAGCUCUUGAAUGUGGGGUACCUGCUGAUUGCGGUGGGGGGCGUCCUGCUGCUCAUGGGGUUCCUGGGCUGCUGCGGGGCCAUGAAGGAGAGCAGGUGUAUGCUGCUAAUGUUCUUUGUCAUUGUGCUGCUGGUCUUCAUAGCAGAAGUGGCGGGAGCUAUUGUGGUCCUAGUCUUUCAACCCCUGGCAGAGGAUCUGAUUAAGAAGGUGGGCGACAAAGCUGUUGAGGUCAUCAAGAGGGAUUAUGGAACAAACUCUGACAUCACUGGUUUAUGGAAUGCCACUAUGGAUGGGUUGGACUGCUGUGGAUUCUAUGACUACACGGACUUCACGCAUUCUCCAUUUAACAAUAUAACUACGGCCUACCCAACAGAAUGUUGCAAAUUAGGCCCCUGCACUCUUCAGAAUGCCAUGAGAACGAAUGCCACUGGCUGUUUCCCUAAACUGGUAGAAUUAAUAGAGGACAACUCAGUGAUCCUAGGAGCUGUAGCACUGGGAAUCGCUGCUCUGGAGAUUGCUGCAAUGGCUGUCUCCAUGUCAAUGUACCGCCAUAUAGGCUCCAAGCGAGGAUAAAGACCAGGAGAGGAAGAAUCACAUGAAUAUUACA